CGCACAAUGUCGAGUUCCAUCUCAGGUCCGGCACUUUCUUCCGGAGUAGCUCCCACUCCCCGAGCCGGAUUUACGAGCACUGUGGCCACUCGUCGAUGCAUGUCCUAGGUGUGUCCAAUGCGGCAGCUCAUGAUGCGAUUGACCCUUCAUGGGUCUGCGCCAAGACCAGCACUUACAGCCGCUACCCUCGGAUCUCCUGCGCCAAGGCUUCCAGCAUCCAGCUCAUCCUGUACGAUAGGCCCCGCCCAAAGGGCAUGCAGUACAUAUCCCUGAAUCCGAUAGCGUUGGCUUUGGGGGACAAGGGGACGUUGCCCGAGGAUGUCGCCAGCAGCGAAGACGACAGCGAAGAGGCCAAGCUCGAAAAGGAAAUGAAGGAGAACCGGCGUAAGCUGGUCGAGAAGCUCAAGCAGCACAGCAUUGUCAGGCGAGUUGCGUCGGCCAGAGACAAAGCGCUGCCCAAGAUUGUCAACCAAGUCAACUGGUCAUGGGAGCUGGAGCAGGCGCUGCAGCACAACGUGGGACGGCUGGGCCCGCGGCCGAAGCGAGGUCUGAGUGUCUCGGAGAGGGUGGUGGAAUCGGCCACGACAAUGCGGAACUAUGUGCUCGUGCAGUUGUGGACCCUGUUCUCGGUAUACCUCUUUCCAAUCGUGCAAAAGGCCUUUGUCCUCGUGCUGCUCUUCCAUCGGAUGGUGGCGGAGAUUUUUCUCAUCAUCCUGGAGUUUCGAGCCAAGCCGGGAUACGCCGCCCUCAAAGACAUCUCGGCCACAGCCCAGCAGAUUGAGAUCCGCCUCCAGCAGUUUUGCUACUGGCCCAUGCAGUACGUCACUCUCCGCCAGCGAAAGGCCAAUUGGGCGAGCGUCACGACCAGCCAUCCAGACUACAUCCGCUUCUACAACAGUCUGUGGCUCGUUGCCAACGACGUCAUCAUCGGCAUGGCUGUGGGCUCGUACAUCAUUGAGCACAAGGACUGGGUUGCGGACCAGAUCCGAGAUCUCCUGCGCACCUACACAGUGGAGGCUCUCCAGCGCGGCAUAUCGUGGCUCAUGGGGUGGCCUGCAGGUCUGAAGCUAAACGGUGAACUGGCUGCCUUUCUGGGCGAUUUGUUUCUCUGGGUCAUUGACUAUUGGUCGAGCUGCAUUGAGACGCUGAACCCCAUGCUACCGCACAUUAUCUGGUUCAUAGGGUUUUCGUCCUUUGCUGGGGCAAGCAUGCCCAUCGCCAUGUUCUCCGACCUCUUGUCGGUCCUCACCAUGCACAUCUACUCGUUCUAUCUCGCGUCGGCAAGGAUAUACCACUGGCAGCUCACCAUUCUGCGGUCUCUGUUUCACCUGUUUCGAGGAAAGAAGCACAACGUCCUCCGCAAUCGUAUCGAUUCGUGCGACUACGACCUCGACCAGCUGCUCGUGGGCACGAUCCUGUUCACCUUGCUCUUCUUUCUUCUGCCCACCGUGAUGGUGUUCUACCUCAACUUUGCCAUUGCUCGGAUGAUCAUCAUAUCACUCAAGGCAGGCUUUGAUACGCUGCUGUCCUGUUUGAAUCAUUUCCCCCUAUUUGCCCUGAUGUUGCGGUUGAAGGAUCCGGCCAGAUUACCUGGCGGCAUCCAUUUUGAGCUUCGAGAUACCCAUUAUCCUACAUCCCCCGACGCUAAUGAUAACCUUCUUAAUGAGCCCCCAACUUCCAUCAUCUAUCUCAAGAACAUCCCCCUUCCCUUCCGCGACAUGUUCCACCAAUACUUCCAAAUGGCCCACCGCAUCCGCAAGCAUUACCUGUCGCCGCGUGUGCUGCUCUGCCUGGUGACUGGGCAGUUUGUGCCGCCGAUCAACAGGAAGAAUCUGUAUAGUCUGCAGUACAGCAUGUUGCCGGCGAGGAGGGCCACCGUGUGGGAGAUGUGGCGGGCGGUGAAUACGGAAAUCGACAUUCCGCAGAAGAAGCCCUUUCAGAUGCCCAAUAUUCCCCAGUUGCAGAAUGGAGGUAAACGGCCUACGGGCUUUGGGAGGACCAGGUCGUAGGG